AUGAUUUCACUUGGUGAGGAAAGUGACGCGCCUUCUGCGGACAAGAACUACAAUUUCCCCCUCCAAGUGAUACACGAGGAGAGCUCUGUCGGUGAUUUCUCAGAUUCAGGUCUGCCUUCAAGCAGCUUGAAUGCGUGCGGAGUGAGCAAGGGGAUGGAUUUCCCACGGCAAGUAUGGGGACUACUCAACCUCGUCCCACCCGUCUGGGAUGGCAUGAUAUAUCUCAUUUCCAACGACCCCAAUGCUAAUCUUGGUCCCGCUGCCUUCUCCCACUGGAACGAGAACGGCUUCGAUCCCGUCAGAUGCCACUCUUCUAGCGACUACUGGCGAAGGGCGCCUUUGCACUGUGCCAUCGAUGCUGGGUGUUUGAGUAUCAAGGCAGAUAUCUGGCCGUCCAACGAAGACGUGCUCGUUGGCCACACUCCUUACUCUCUUCACCAGGACGCGUCGCUGCACAGUCUGUACCUGACGCCUUUGUUCGAACUACUCCAAAAGCGUAACAAGCGUCCAAGUCGGCCAGUGCCCCCACAAGGGAAUAACUCAUCACUGGCUGGGGCCUUUGCCAAAGAACCAUCCCAGACUCUCGUAUUGUUGCUCAACUUCAAGGCAAACGGUGAUAAACUCUGGCCUCUUGUGGUAGACCAACUAGGGCCUUUGCGCAAAGCGGGGUACCUGACAAAUUUCAACGGGACAGGUAUCAACGAGCGCCCUGUCACGAUCAUCGCCAUGGGGAAUGUGCCCUUUCACGCCAUCAUCGCCAACCAGACAUAUCGUGAUAUUUUCUAUAAGCGCAGCGCCACCGGAAAGGCUGCCUCAAAAGCAGCUGCUGUUAGAGGCAGAGCCUUCUGCUCCUCCUCACCAUGA